AGGCAGCAAAGUCAGCUUGAUGAUGAAUUAAGCUCCACUGACCACUGCUGCACCAUAAACCGCAAAUACCUCAUUCCCAAAAUGUUUUAUUUCUUUUAUUUUGCUGGACUUGGGGCUUUGUUACCAUAUCAGCCUUUGUUUUAUAAAGUACUUGGCAUACCUGCUAAGAAGGUGGGAAUAAUAUCUGGUGUUCAACCAUUCAUAUCAUUUUUAUUCACCCCGAUGUGGGGAGCUAUAGCUGACAAGUUCAAAAAAGGGAAGCUGAUAUUUACCAUAUCUUUCGUAGCCCUGACUGCUGUUGGAAUAGCUUAUUUACUGACUCCAAUGCCUUCCUGCAAUGUUGAAAUCGGCAAGGAUAGCCGACGUGAGAUAGCGAUAGGUCUAAAUCACUCUAUUUUUUCUAGGAUGUUUCAAACAAUCGCACAAUCGGAGAAGAUCAGUAGAUGGCCCGUUAAUAUUGAGGAUAAAGAUGAAAACCUGCUGACACUUACUAUCAAUCAGCAAGGCAAUGAGAAAACAUUGAAUGCAUUUUUGUACUUGUUUUUUGUCAGUUUAUUUGGUACUAUUUUGUCGUGCCCAGGCCUCGCACUCGGUGACACCGCAGCUGUUGGGCUUUUAAGAGAAAAUAACGAUGUACACAAAUACGGCAAGCAAAAGAAGUGGGCCUCUAUAGGUUGGGGGCUUGCAGCGUUUUCCUUUGGAGCGCUGGUUAGUGACAAAUACCUCUGUCCCUUUAUACCUGGGCAAAAAGAAAGGAUCGACUAUAGCUUGUGCUUCUAUGGGUCAAUAACAUUGAAGUUGCUCGCGCUUUUUACAGGUUUGCAACUCGAUUUUGAUAUGAAUAAGGAUACUGUUACCGAUAACAAAACCAACAGAGUAAAGCAAAGUGGCCUUUAUGCUGCAAUCAGGACUCUAGGCGAGCCUCAUUAUAUAGCAUUCUUUGUAACUGUUCUGUAUUGUGGAAUGACUUUUGGUAUGAUUAUGGGUUUCUUUUUCUGGCAUUUGGAAGACUAUCUGGCUCCACAAAUACUGUUUAGUAUCAUCCCUGUGGUACGAUGUAUCGCCGAUUUUAUAGUGUACACCAUAUCUCCCCGUGUCAUCACUAAGAUUGGACUCCAAAAUCUUAUCUACCUCGUUCUAGUAGUCUACGUUGCACGGCUGUCCUGUUAUGCGUUUAUUACCAGUCCUUGGUAUUUUCUCCCCCUCGAGUUUUUGUCCGGGCUGACUUCUGCUGGAGCCUGGGCAGGAUUUGUGGCGUAUAUUGGUUAUCACACCGUGGAGGGAGCUCCUGCCACGCUACAAGGUAAGAGUUUAGUAUAUUUAUCGUAAUACAGCCCACCACACAAAACUUUGUUCAACAGUUUGUCGGUCAUUUAUAUGAGAGGCUUUGUCUCUCGAAGCCCUCAUUUCGUUUAUAAUCAGUUACUUUCUCAACUGUUCGUUGCGACAAGAAAGAAUAAUGAUGAUACUUAAUACUAUUUUCAUACUUAAAACGUUAGAUGGCGUUUCGACGGUAGACCGUAUUCACGAUACCCAGGUGGUGUGCGCACUACGAUUGCGAUGCAUUGUGGAUCCAAAAUUUUCAAGAUGGCGGCCAAGGUCGAGAAAUUUCGCAGGUUAUAUGCUUUAUUUUUCAAUAGAUACAGUUCUUUCCUUGGAUCGUUUUUCUCGAUUUCAUAAGCUAAUAUUUGUUUAGAUUUUUUUCUGUGAAGAAAAACAAAUCAAUAUUCUUCAUUUCAAUCUAAAAUGUAGAGCCCGAAGAUUCCUCCUGUAAGAGCAUGAAAUUUGAACCCGGUUUUUAAGAAGCUAUAAUUUCCAUUAUAUUGUCCGUCGAAAGUAGAAGAUAGUUGUAAGUGUUUCUACAAACCUUGUUCUGCGCUAAUUUUUUAUCGCUCCCCAACGCGCCCCGCGUUUUGUGAUACUUUUUCCGAAUUCAAACCGCCAUCUUUCCACGAUCUUUACAGGACUGAUGGGAUAAAGGCAAUGUCACGUGAUAUUUCAGGGACAAACAAAAGAAAAAAAUACCAAUACGAGUAAUAGCGGUCGAGUUUGUUCAUUCUCGCAAAACGGAACGAUCGUCAUGCAAAAUUUACGGUUCGAGUUUCGACAAGUUUUACUUCAUUAUUGCUUGCUCUUAGGAUAUCUACGGUCGCUACUGCAUCCAAAAGAGUAACAAUGAUCUCUUCAUUCCAUAAUUUGCCAUUAUCGUCUUUAAGAUAAGAAGUUGUUAAUUUUCUGUUGUCUGUUGUCAAACUCGACCGCCAUUUCUCAUAUUAGCAGAUUUUAUCACUUGUUUGCCCUCAUGAGAAACCACUUGACAUUGCUUUUAUUCCAUCAGUCCUUAAGCGGGUGCGAAGAUGACGGGUAUCGUGAAUAAGGUCUAUUUACCAAUCUCAGUCAGCCAUGAAGCAGCUUUCCUGUCAUUAGAUCACGAAAGUAAACGUUUGCGAAGUUAUGGCUAUUCUGUUGCAAUAACAACCACAAAGCUGGGCCUUAUAAACAAAAGAUUUUCAGGUACCCACAUGGCAGAAGCGUCCAUAUACGCACAUACGCCCAUACGUACAGCUGAAAACUGGAAAUUUUUUUUCCCUGAAAACAUUUUUAUCAUCAAAUCGGGAUUACUGAUUAAUUUUUCGCAUUAUAUUGGUGUCUCUGUUUGGUAACUUCCUUUAUCCUUUUAUUAUUCCAUAACGCUAGAGAUAGGUAAAAUAAACAACUAACUCUUGCGUUUUCCUUCGUAUUUAUUUGCUGAAAGUAUCCCGCGGAAAACGCAGGAAACUUAAAAAUAUUCUAGGGGAGCCUCGCCCCUGCGUGGCCUCUCGUUCUUGUUGCAUAUAGACCUGUGGCCAUAAAAUUCGAAAACGUUCAUUGAAGUAGCUGUUGUUGUUCCAACAUCCUCUGAAUUUUGUCAUACGCCAUCUGACAGAAGUGACAGCCUCCAACGGAUUAACUUGCCCGGCUUACGUGGAUCAACUAGGUAACGUAAGCGUUACGUAAACGCUUGCGGCCUUUCAAUCUUAACGUGCUAAUGAACUCGUUAUUCAUACCAUGGGUAUAGAUUCCGCUAACAAGCGCGUGCAAAUAUAUUCUUCGUUCUUUACAGGGAUGCUGCAUGGUACGUACCACGGCAUAGGCCAUGGACUGGGCCGAGUGGUUGGCGGCUUCUUAUUCAGUUCUGUUGGAGGUCAAACAACAUUUUUCAUAUUUGGUGCUUUUGGAUUUUUAGUGUUGACACAAUACUUCCUGGUCAACAAAACUUUUAAAGAAUCAGAAAAAUAA